CUCGGCCCGGAAGUGAAUAAUGCGCAUGCUCAUCGUCUGACAAUAAACAUUCAAACAUGGACGCCAGCAAAGAGAAAGAUGCUUUUGAGACAGAAAGACCUAACUUAAAGAAGAAGCACGAUGAAGACGAAGACGAGCGACCUUCCAAGACGAAGAAACUCGACGUGGACCACAACACGAACGUAGCCAAGCACUACAAUCAGCUGCAGGAGGUCGGCCUGGCGGCGCGUAGUCAGAGUCGCAUUUUCUACAUGAGGAACUUCAACAACUGGAUGAAGAGUGUCGUCAUCGGAGAGACCCUAGACAAGGUGCGCGGGGAGGACCACCGCCGCCGCGUGUCCGUGUUAGACCUGGGCUGCGGCAAAGGGGGGGACCUGCUGAAGUGGCGCAAGGGCGGCAUAGACCACCUGGUGUGCGUGGACAUCGCCGGCGUGUCCGUGGAGCAAUGCCAGAGUCGCUACGAGGACAUGAGGAGGAAGAGCCGGGCGGGCGAGAGGGUCUUCAGCGCUCAGUUCCUCACCGCCGACUGCACCAAGGAGGUCCUGUCCGAGAAGUUUGACCAACCCAACCUGAAGUUUGACAUAUGCAGCUGCCAGUUUGUCUACCAUUAUUCCUUCGAGAGCGAGGCCAAGGCGGAUUUGAUGCUGAGGAACGCCUGCGAGAGCCUCAAACCCGGGGGGUUCUUCAUCGGCACCACGCCGGACGCCUACGAGCUGGUCAAGCGCCUGGAGGCGUCCGAGUCGCUCUCCUUCGGCAACGACCUCUUCCGGGUGUCCUUCCGGUCCCGAGGGGACUACCCGCUCUUCGGCUGCGAGUACCACUUCAGCCUGGAAGGGGUGGUGGACGUCCCCGAGUUCCUGGUCUACUUCCCCCUGCUGGAGCGCAUGGCCCGGCGCUACGGCAUGCGCCUGGUGUCCAAGCACCGCUUCUCCGAGUUCUUCCAGGAGAAGAUCAAGCUCAGCCACCACCGCAGCCUCAUGAUGAAUAUGUCCUCGCUGGAGGCCUACUCCGGCGAGGACGGGCGCGGCGGCGACGAGUACGGCCACGCGCGGGAGCACUGCGACAAAGCGGGCUCCGGAACCCGGCUGGGGACGCUGAGCAAGUCCGAGUGGGAAGCGGCCAGCAUCUACAUGCUCUUCGUCUUCCAAAAGAUGUCCUGAUGUUGCCGGGCACUACAACUCCCAGAAUGCACGGCGGCGCCGAGACCACAUCUUCCUCAUCAAGGUCCUCACACUGCUGCUCAGGUACCUCCUGAGACAUUUUUGCUCAAAAGAAGAACGUCCAUCAUGGAAGCAUCUUAUUUUCAGAAAUUGAAGUCAAAUUAUUAUUUUUAUUAUUAUAAUUAGUAGUAAUCUGAAGCACAAUAGAAGAAUGAGUCACACGGUCCUAUUGUUGUAGCAUUGAUACAGAAUAUUAACCAGGAGGUUGCCUACAGCCAUAACCCAUGUUUUUGUUUCACCUCGUAGGCGUUUAUUUUGCAUCAGGCGACUAUGGGAGGUCGUGGUUACCUUAAUUAAAGUGUUGUUUACUUUAGUAAUAUUAUUAUGGAGUCUGAUGUCAUCACAAGUUAAAACUUGUUUUUUAUCUAAAAUAAGAAACUUUUUUUUUUUUUUUUUUUUUGCGGUGUUUGUAUCCUAUAUGCUAUAAUAUAGUUUGUGCAUUUUUAUGUUAUGCACGUAUUUUGUCGUCAGGAAAAAACAUAAAAAAUUAAAAUAUAAUACUGCAUCUUUUUUAUUGCCCUUCCAUGUGGGGAAACUCGAAAAA